AGAGCACGGGCAGAAGGGUGCUAUCGGGAGUCGGGACUCGGGAGUACUACCAUUUACUAGUUGGAAGUACAAAGAAGAAGAAGGGUAAGAUUUAUCAGAAACAAAGAAAUACAAAAAUGGCAGCUGCAAAUGCAAAUCAUCUCUUGAAAGCAAGAGGAACUUUUCUACUCUGCCGCCAUAACCACCGUAACAUCACCCCUCGUUUUCUCCCAUUCUCUCUCCUCCCUUCUCCCACAUUUCCCUUCCUUUCUCUCUCCUCAAUCUCUCAACUCCCCUUCACUCCUUCACCUUCAAUUCCGGCCACCAAUCCCCGCCAUUUCCGCUUCCUGUGUACGACACCAGAUACUUCCAAUUCAACCGUCGCCGUCGAUGCACCUUCUUCGAGUGUUGUUGAUUCGCCACCUCAAUCGGCGCCGCCUGCGACGGAGGUUCCAGACGUGGCGGCAGUGAAGGAAGCAGCGAGUUUGUUGGAUGUUAGGGUUGGGAAGGUGUUGAAGGCAUGGAGACAUCCUGAUGCUGAUUCGUUGUAUGUGGAGGAGGUUGAUAUUGGGGAGGAUGAGCCUAGAACUAUUUGCAGCGGUCUUGUUAAAUUUGUUCCUAUUGAUGAUCUUCAGGACAAAAAGGUGAUUGUCCUUGCCAAUCUAAAACCAAGAAACAUGCGUGGCAUCAAGUCGUAUGGUAUGCUUAUGGCUGCUUCCGAUGCGUCACAUGAGAAUGUAGAGCUCCUUGUACCGCCUGGGGAUUCAGUCCCUGGUGAAAGAAUCUGGUUUGGCACGGAAGAGGAAAAGGAAAAUCAACCUGCUGCUGCAACUUCUAAUCAGAUUCAGAAGAAAAAGAUAUGGGAAGCAGUCCAGCCUCAUCUCAAGACUGAUGCUGCUGGAAUUGCAGUGCUUGAUGGACAUUUCAUGAGGACUUCUGCAGGUCCCGUGAUUUCCAAAUCCCUAAAGAAUGCAAAUAUAUCUUAAUUGGAAGCAUGCGGCUGUUUUUGGCCGUAUAUAUGCUCAAGAGUCAGGAUCCCGAAGAAAGAUAUACGUAUGGAGAGAGUGUAUCAGGAUCGAUCAUAUUAAAGAAACGACUGCAACACACCCAAGAUCCCUCAACCCUUUUGCAAAAGUAUCUACAUCUGGGAUUUACUCUCUAUAUAACAGCGACUAAUUGCAGAUUCAGAAGAAAAAGACUUGGAAAUCAGUUCAGUUCAGCCCCAUUUCAAGGCUAUGCUAAUUGCUACUGCAAUACUUGAUGGACAUUAGUGCAUUAACAUGAGCAUGAUUUCCAUAUCCUAAAGAGUGGCAGUGCAAAUAACUUCAUGCAUGAGAAGCCAGAUUGUGUUUUUUAUUCAACUUGUAACAAUUCUUGAAGCUUUGACAACUGCUACUGACUACUGGUUAUAGUGUUGUAGAUGUUCCGCAUUGAAAUUAGAGUUUUUUUUUCCAGAA